CAAUUCCUAAAACCCCACUGUGAGCUAUGACUCCUGUCCAGAAAUUGCCAUACCGACGACGUAAGUAAAGAGAAAUGGCUACCUUCUUCUCACGUUUCCCUACAGCGGCUCCAUCAACGAGCCGCAAAUGUGGUUGGCAAUUGGGCACACCGACAACACUAAAUAAGGGACUCCCAGAGGCCUCUUCUUCUCGCCACCGCUUCUGUCUAACUCUAACUCCACCACCCCCUAGCAGAAAUCGCCGCUUCUGCAGAUUCUCUGUCUUGGCCAUGGCCGACGCCAAAACCACCGUUCUUGUUACCGGAGCUGGUGGUAGAACCGGACAAAUUGCUUACAAAGAGUUUAAGGAGAGGACUAACCAGUAUAUCGCAAGAGGUUUUGUGAGAACUGAAGAGAGCAAGAACGAAAUUGGUGGUGAAGAUGACGUUUAUAUAGGAGAUAUCAAGAAUGCUGAGAGCAUUGUUCCUGCGGUACAGGGAAUUGAUGCUCUAAUAAUUCUUACAAGUGCCGUGCCAAAGAUGAAACCUGGUUUUGAUCCAACUGCAGGUAAAAGGCCGGAGUUCUACUUUGAAGAUGGGCAGUUCCCUGAACAGGUUGACUGGAUUGGUCAAAAGAAUCAAAUUGAUGCUGCCAAGGAUGCAGGGGUGAAGCACAUUGUUCUUGUUGGAUCAAUGGGGGGAACAGAUCCUAGCAACCCACUAAACAGCAUAGGAAACGGGAACAUAUUGAUUUGGAAGAGAAAAGCUGAAGAGUAUUUGGCUGAGUCUGGAAUCCCAUAUACCAUUAUAAGAGCUGGGGGCUUGCAAGAUAGAGAUGGCGGUGUUCGUGAACUGCUCAUCGGAAAAGAUGAUGAACUUCUUAAGACAGAGACCAGAACCAUCGCCAGGGCUGAUGUUGCUGAAGUCUGCAUCCAGGCACUGCAAUUUGAGGAAUCAAAAUUCAAGGCAUUUGAUUUGUCCUCAAAACCGGAGGGAACUGGAACACCCACCAAAGAUUUCAAGGCUCUUUUUUCCCAAAUCACCACCCGAUUCUAAUGUGUUUCCAUUUAUGUCCGAACAAGAAUGGGAAUCGUUGGACUGUGAUUUUUACUCAAAACUCAGUGGGAAGGAAGCUGCUGCAUUUUAUAGCUGAGAUACCACCCAUGGUGGCUGGGGGCCUCAAUAUUGUUUGGAAGUUAUUUGUCAAGCCCCUCCACUUGGGUACUAAACAAAGCUAAGAUGCUACACUUCCUAUUUAACUAUUGUUGUUUCAUGUUCUGAUGCGCAUCCUCUUAGAAGUUGCUGCUUGUGUUAUUGUUUCUUUGGUGUAUUGAGAAUAUCAGUCCAUGGGUGGGAUUCUUCAGCAUUUUACAUUUCCUUAUUUCAGAGUUAAAAGUAGGGUCUGUGGUCUAUCUCUGACGACUCUAUGAGAACAUAUGAAGAAUUGGGGAAGAGUAAGGGAAAUUUUUCUGUGGUCCUUAGGUCUUGAGACAUAAUAUGGUUAAAUGAAUUGGGUUUUGUAAG